UGUCCCUCCCUCUCUAAAGCUACACAUGGUUUCUGUCUAAGAAGGUUUAGCUUUCUCUGGCUCUGGAUGGGAGAGGGAUAAUGCCAGAGAGCUGCAGACAAACACACGUGCAAAAGUUAGAUGAGCUUUGACCAGUUUCCUUUGGCAUUGACAGAUGUUUAAGAAUAUUUCCAAUAAUCUAGAAAUUACAUCGUUUUUUUUUUUUAAUAAUAAUGAUAUAGUUUAAGUUGUAGAGCGGAUCUUUUCUUCCCACCACAUUGGAUGCGCGUGAACCCUUCUGUGAGUGAGUUGCUUCUGUUUUCAAAUCUGGAGGCACUUUUUUCCCCUUUCUUUGGAGAUUUGGUUACAACUGGAACAUUUCGCAUGAAUGACCAAUUGGUACACUGCUGACUACUUUUGCUUUUGCUCUGCACUUGAUUUGUGAGAAGGAAAAAAAGACUGCAACGUCAUUAGGCUGAGCAUCAGCGAAGUGGGCAAUCCUGCACAGGACAUCUGGAGCCAGAAAUCAUGAAAGACAACUAUGGUGGAUAUGAGAACCAGCUUUUCAAAGAGGAGGAUUUCACUGGCGAGGAGGAGGAAAUGCCUUCAUUUAGAGGUCGUACUAGAGGUGGCUGCGUGAGGUGCCAGCAGAGCCACUCUCUCCAGCUGGCUGUCAAAAUCCUCUACGGCUUUGUUGCCUUCCUCAUCAUUACUGUUGCAGUGCUGGCUUCACUCGUGUUCAGGAAGGUGGACAACCUCGCUGAAGAAGAAUCAGCUUACUACAAAAAGAUCACCAAGGUCCAGCAAGGAAUAGAGGAUGUGAGGGCCACGUCAAACUGUUCAGGCUGCCUGGAUGCAACUCUGUACAGUGAGGAGAUCAGCAAGCUGAAGAGAGAGUUUGAAGACAUUCAGAGAAUGAUACUGGCACAGGAGCAGGUCCUUGACCAAGCCUCCCAGACUCAGGCCACCCUAAAGGAUACAAGCAACCGGCUGACACGUGACAUCCAAAACCACCUCAUGUCGAUCAAAGUUCUCAAUCAGUCACUGGAAAGGUGCCUGGAUCGGGUGGAGGGCUGGAAGGACGUGGUUGAAGAAACUCAGGAGAAGAUGAAAACAGUGACGGAGGAUCAGUUUGACAUCAAAGCUACAGCACAUCAAGUUAACACAACAGUGGCACACAGUAUACAGUGGAUAGAUGCCCUACAGAGAAAAGCAGAUGAGGACACUUAUGUUCUCCAUAAGUUGACCAGUGACUGGCAGAACUACAGCCGGGUUCUGAGUGCUAUCAAGUCCAACACCAGCAUCACAAUGCAAGUCAUCCGCUUCCUGCAGAACAACGUUGCAGCAGAUCACCAAAGAAUUGCCAUGUCCACUGAGAUGUACUAUGACCUCACUCAGCAGGUGAUAAACCUGCAGAUGCAGCUUGACAAUGUGUCAACAUUCAUGGAUGAACAUGAGGAGAACAUGCAUGACCUUCACUACCAUUCCAGGUACUAUGAAAACCGGACAGGUGAGCGAUUCUCUGCCUUGGAUGGCCGCUUGAACUCCAUUGAGAUGGAGAUUGAAACAAUUUCCUCCAGCAUAAACGCUACUGUGAACCACGUCCAGGGCAUGUACAAGUACAUCAGCAUUGAGAGUUCAUCUUGCCAGAGCCGCUUGGGCAGACACACCGAUGAACUACAGAACUUGAACAACACAGUUUUACUACUGUUGCACUUAGCCGACACGUUAAGACAGCAGAACGUGCUGCUAAAUGUCCGGCUGGAUAUGGAUGUCAGGAACUUGUCCAUGGUGAUGGAGGAGAUGAAACUAGUGGAUGUUCACCAUACACAGCUAAUAAAGAACUUCACUAUACUUAAAGGUGCUCCUGGACCACCAGGACCCAAAGGGAACCGUGGUGAAACAGGCCCCAAAGGACCCAUUGGACUUACUGGCAGCAAAGGUGACCAAGGUCCUACAGGAGGCCGUGGAUCUGCUGGACCCAAGGGUUCACUAGGCCAGAAAGGAGAACCUGGUGAACAGGGCAAUAUUGGCAGUAGAGGGGCACAAGGUAGCAAAGGAGCUAAGGGGUCCAUGGGUCCACCAGGCCCCAAAGGUGACAGGGGCCAAAAAGGUGAUAUGGGUCCCCCUGGUAAAGAUGGUCUUCCAGGACCUCCAGGGCCUCCAGGGAUCCAGAGCCAGACAGGACUACCUGGCAUCAUUGGGCCAACAGGACCUAAGGGAAAACCAGGGCCAGUAGGGCCACCUGGACCACCAGGAACCCCUGGGCCUCCAGGCAUGCCCUAUAUCCAUGACCAAAUCAACAACUCCAGGCAGGGGACUGUGGCACCUGCUGCUGGUUCCAAGAGACACUAACAAGAAACAUGGAGUCAGAUGUAAUUUGUCUCGUAUGAAGAAGAUGAAGGGGUCAUGGUCAGAUGCCCAAUAAUCCAUUUCUAUGGGAUUGUGAAGGACAAUGAAGAAUUUUAUGAGCAAAUACAGCAAAUCAAAUUUAACAUGUUGUGUUAAGGAGGCUUGUCCUGGUGUCCACAUGAAAUGAAAUGAAAAAGGAAGGUCUAAAACAGAAAACAGAACUGCUAUCACAGACCAAACUGUUGUUGAGCUAAAAAUGGACUGUGCUUGGAAAGACUUAGAAUUUUUGGAGGUGGUCUUCUUACAAUGGAUGGCAUCUCUUGUAGUGGAAAUGAUAUACCAAUAACAAAUUACUGUACAGAACAGAAAGAAAAACUAGAUGACAAAAUUAUUAGGAAUAAAAAAAAAGGAAAAAGAUCCAUUACCAAAUUUGAAGUCUUGCCUGUUUAACGUGCUGGAAGCAAAGAAUGUGUUUGAGGUUGUUGUCAAGCCACCAAAACCUCUUGGGGCAUAAUAAGUGGAAGGGCUGUUAACCACAGAUUUGGAAUAAGUAGUGGUGUUUUCCAUCCAGACUAGCCAAAGAUUUACAUUCUCAAUCACAACUCUAUGGAAUAAUAUCCACUAUUAUGUACACAUUGUUGAUACAUCCUCUCUAAUGGAUGGCACUGUUGUUGAAGCGUAAAAAAGAAACUUAAAACCAGUUUGCUUAUUUUUGGAGUUUCAGAGCGGGUACUCUGAAGUCUUUUUUCCUUCUAAUGGGUUCAUAGCCAGUGUUUGAAGGUGAUAAAUUGUUUUUGGGUUUUUUUCUCCAUCUGAAUGUCUCUUACAAUCAAAGAUUAGUUCUUAGAUGAAGAUAAUAAAAAUGAAAGCUACUAAAAACUCCUGUUGACAUUAAAGAUUAUAAUUUUUACAAUUCUGGUCAUAAAAUAGGAAGCUUCAUACCACUCCUAUGUCGUACAGCACGGAGCUUUAAGUGGUGAUUAAUCUAGUUUAGCAUAAAGACUGGGAACAGGGAGGAAAGGUAGCUCAUCUCUUUGCAAAGCUAUAACAUGAUAAAGAAAAAAAAUUAAGAUGUGUAACUUUUGAACAUUAGAGACACCAAGCCAUUUCCUUCAGUUUCCAGACUUUAUCUGAAACUAAGUGCAUCACUGGCUUCAUCUCAUGUAUACAGACAAUGAAAGUGCUUUAUUUUUCUCACACUUGGCAAGAAAGCAAAUAAGCACGUUUCACAUUGUGCACAACUAAAACUUUAAGAUGUAUGAUGCCUGAGAGGUCACAGAAUUAAAUUUGUCAAGUAUUUAAAACAACACAAAAACCCCUCUGCCGGAGUUAUUUUUCUCUUUACACUGUGAUAACAGACAAUGACUUUCUAAUGGGGUUUUGAGCUUAAAUAACACAAGUAAUCAUUUCUAUAUCAGAGUGAAAGAUUUACCAAAAGGAAAUUAUAAAAUGUUUGUAAAUCUGGAUGUUGUAAUGAAAUGCAACUGGCUUGCAUUGAA